UCUGGGAAUUUUUUUAAAGUGAAAUUACAACAAUUGUAUUUUUAAGAUAACAAUUGGAAAAAAAAAGGAAAAUGUCUUCAUUGACACGAGAAAAUAUUCCACAUCUAUGUCGAGCUUGUCUAAGGAAUCUAGUGAAAACUCAAGACCAACCAUUACUAAAUGGAGAGCAAAAGCAGCCAGCUUUCUAUCAUAUUGAUCGUACACAAAAUCUCAACAAAUGGAUGUCAAUUAUAAACCCUUUGGAAGACGUGACACGUCUUAGCAAUGUUGUGCGACAUCAAAAAUAUCCAGAAUAUGUGUGUCGUUCGUGCUAUGAAAAUUACAAACAUGUAAAUGAUUUCAAAGAAAUGGUAGUACAUUCCUUUAGUGUUUUGACAAAAUUGCUGUCAGUUGCUGAAGAGACAAAGAGACCGCUGCAGCCACAGGUGUCGGAAACGGUGACACAAAGUGAAUUGGUUAUCAAAUCAGAACCCAUAGACGAUGACGACGAGGAUGAUGAGUAUAUGGAAAACGAUUGGGAUAUGGAUGAUGCUAUUGGUAGCAAUGAACUAGAUUUGGAAUUGGAUGAUAUAAAAUUGGAGAAUGAUAUAAAAUUGGAAACUACAGAAUUUGUUGAACCUCUAAUGGAACCAUCAUCCUCCUCGCCUGCCUUGGACACUGAAGAAGGACAACCGAAAGCGAUAAAGGCCUACAAAUGUCCAAUAUGUAAAAGUAGUUACAUACACAGGUACACCUACGUAGCACACAUCCGUCAAAUGCACUUGGGCAUUGAACAUGCCUUCGAGUGUGACAUCUGUCACAAAACCUAUACGAAAUUCUGUAAUCUCUAUCGUCAUAUGCGCAAAGAUCACAAUCAGUCAUUGCGUCAAUAUAAAUGUGAAUAUAGCAAUUGCAAUCGCAGCUUCCGUCAAUUGACCACACGUCGCAAACACUAUGAGAAAUUUCAUAAUCAUGAUCCGCUACCCAAUCAUGUAGAAAGAAUAUCACAAGAGUGUCUAAAGCAAGAAGAAUUACAAAAUUCACAACAUUCCUUUCUAGAGCCAUCCUCAUCAUCGAGCACCGCAACGCAUAUAGAAAUUAGUAUGCAAUUGAAAGCCUCUCCUUCGACAAAUAAACGUUCAUACAUAUGUCCGAUUUGUGCCUGCAGCUUUGAAACAUCGUACGAUUUAAAAGUUCACAUGAACAAUGAUCACAAAGAUGACUUGAAAUUUCGUUGUCACAUUUGUGGUAAGCAUAAGAUUUCGCAGCUGAAAUUGGACGAGCAUAUUGCUACGGUCCAUGAAAAUCCUAAAGUAACUUGUAAUAUCUGUAAGAAAAUUUUAAAAUCGAAAAGUCAUCUGAGGCAGCAUAUACUUUCGGUGCACAAUGGUGUUAAACCGUUUAGCUGCGAAUACUGUCCAGCCACUUUUGCGGCCAAAAACACCUUAAAGGUGCAUACGCGCCUGCAUACGGGCGAGAAACCUUUUAAGUGUGCCAUAUGUGAUCGUCGUUUUACACAAUUGACGCCCAUGAAAAAACACAUGAUAACACACGAAAAAGGACAUCGCAAUGCAAUUGAUUAGAAUUAGAUGUUGUACAACAACUAACUGUGUAUUAAAAUUAUUAUUAUUAUUAUUUUUUGGUUUAUUUGAAACAGAUUUUGCUUCAUAAUAUUUUUAAUUAUAAUUUACUGUUUCUUAAUUAUAAUGUAUCUCCUAAGUUUAGUUGUAAAGCUUUUAAAUAAGUUAAAUAAAUUAUCCUAAAACAUAAACAUUCCAUAUAA